CAUCCAUAGACUUUCUCUUUUUCUCUCCUCUUGGUUACCUCCAUUUUUAGCAAGCCUUUCGCCGUCUUCUACUAACAGUUUCCCCCCUUUUUUUUUUCUUUCACCAUUUUCAAGAAAAAAAAUUGACACUUACUCAAUUAACAGCGACAACCGGGUUUCCAAGAUUUUCACUUUUUCAUACAUUUCCAUCAAUACCCACAUCAAAUCUGUAAGAAAAAAGUGAUCUUGAUCUUACCCACAAUCCAUUUGGGCCUUUUCUUUUUUUUAAUACUUAAAUUUUGUUUGUUUGAGAUGUUUCAUAUCAAGUAGUUGGGGGUGUAUUCAAGUUUAUAAAUUUCAUUUUAAGAGAAAUUGCAUUUGUAAUAAUUUUGAGUCACAGAUAUGCCACUUUCCGAGUUUUACAGAUCUGUUAAUGGAAAGAAUGAGUCCCAGCAGCAAAAAACAACUGAUCUUUCAUAUAUACCGAACGAUGAAUUUGUCGAGUUAAUAUGGGAAAAGGGUCAGAUUAUGAUGCAGGGUCAGUCUAGUAAAGCUAAGAAGGCACCUGUUACCAAUAAUUUUCAUUUUAAUACGCCAAAGUUUCAAGAAAAAGAUGGUAUUUUGGAUGUAGGAAUGUCGAUGGGAAUAAAUCAAGAUGACGAUGAUAUGGGACCGUGGUUGAAUUAUCCGCUUGAUGAUUACUGCUCCGAUCUUUUGCCUGAGAUUUCUGGUGUCACAGUAAAUGAAUCCCAUAUGCAUAAGGAUCCACUUUCAAAUAUACAAAAUGUGCCUUUGCGUGAUGGUGUUCGUUUUGACCAGCCAAAUGCAUCUAAGGCUUCAAAAAAUAGCCAUGUUUUGUCAGGGUCGCCUGAUCAAGUAUGUAAUCCAGAUCCAACGGUCAGAUCAGGAGUUACGGAUAUAGGUAGUAGCAACUGUAGCAGUAAACAUUAUAAUGUUGCUCUUAGAGAACCGCUACAGGUUCAAGGCUCGCCGCGGAAUCUUGAAAAGAAGGUGCAGAAACAAGAUUCUCUACCCUUGUUGAAUUUUUCUCAUUUCCAAAGACACCCUGCCAUGACGAAAACCAACCAUGGACAAGUUAAUGUAAUGAAUCAUGUUCCACAAAAAGACAUUGGACCUGUUGAUCAAGUUGGUUUGGAAUCAGCCAGAGUAGGUUUGAACCCGUAUUCUAGUAAGCCAGUUCAUGAGGCACAUUGUGUCGAAAACUCAUCAACUGGCAAUGAGAAGUCCAUGAAUGUGGUUCUUGAUGGAAAUGCAAGUAAAGGAGUUUCAGAAACUGUAAAGAGCAAUGAGCCCGUUGGUGCUUCUUCUUCUGUUUGCUCAGGGAAUAGUGCUGAGAGGGCUUCAAAUGAUUUGACCAAAAUUUCUAAGAGAAAGUCUCGUGAUAUGGAGGAUUUUGAGUGCGAGAGCCAUGAUGUUGAAGAAGUGUCAUUAGACACAAAAGCAGCAGGUGGUUCUCGUGUUGGUACAGGUUCCAAGAGAAGCCGCGCUGCUGAAGUUCAUAAUUUGUCAGAAAGGAGACGAAGGGAUAGGAUAAAUGAAAAGAUGCGGGCACUACAAGAACUCAUACCAAAUUGCAACAAGGUGGACAAAGCAUCAAUGCUUGAUGAGGCAAUCGAGUAUUUGAAGACACUUCAACUUCAAGUACAGAUCAUGUCCAUGGGUACUGGAUUAUGUAUGCCGCCAAUGAUGUUUCCAGCUGGGAUGCAACAUAUGCAUCCUCAUUUCUCAUCCAUGGGAAUUGGAAUGGGAAUAGGAAUGGAGAUGAGUGGUAGACCUCAAGGACACCAUCAUAUGUUUCCAUUUCAUCAUACACAAGGCUCACGUCAACCUCCACCUGCUUACGGGCAUCAUAGCCAAGGAAUGCCAAUGUUAUUCCCUCAACAACCAAUGCAAGGGAUUCCUAUGAACCCUCCUGUCCAACAGGUUGGGUCACAAGUCCAAGUUGUGAAUGUGGCGCCAAGUUCUGACCCUUGUGCGAUCCCACAGAUAUCUAGUCAGCCCGAAGUUGCGAACAAGAGCCUCAACCAGUCCACUUCAGUUGACAAAAGAGAUCGAGGUCUAGAAUCCAGAUGUAGUACAGCUCGUGCUGAUUGAACUUUCUUGUUGAAGAAACAAUGACAGGGCAUAAAGUAUAGGAAAGUGAAAGGUUGCAUUGACUUUUGUUGACUUUCUUGCAAAUGAUAUAUUUGGAAUCAGUGACUUCCAAUCAAGAUCAGCUCGUAUUAAGUUUUGGGUUAUUAUCGUACUUGUGAAUUGUUCCACUAUAGUGACUACUUGGAUGUCGAUACAGUUGAACCCGUGCUUAUAAGCGAUUACAUGUUAACAUAAUUCAUACUUAAUGGAAAAAAGUGUUACUCGUAUUUAAUAUGUAUCUAUCAUAUGAAAUAACAGUACUAGAAGCCAUAGAUAUGAACUUGGACAAGGCUGAUUUUGAUGAUGAUACAGUUUACUGUUUGUGUAAAGUUCUUUUAACAGAGGUGAGGUCUUUUUUUA